CUAGCUCUUCGCCCUUCUCCCGGAAAUGACGCGCUCUGAACCUUGACCCACAGAGAGCGCAGCGCUUCCCGGAAAGUUCUCGAACCGAGUACAGCCCGGGAACUAGCCUAAGCCGGACUGGGAGGGCUGAGCUCACUUGCCUGGCCCUGCGCGGGUAGGGAGGGGCGGAGCGGGGCGCGGCGACUGCCGAUUGCGGGGCCCCGGUGGAGGGGAAGGGGUGGGCGCAGCCCGCGCACGCGGUGCCGCGGGGCGGGGGGAAGCGGCGGAGGGAGGGGACACGGGCUCUUUGCCGUGUGCGCCGUGCACUCUGUCCCUCACUCGCCUCCGACGGCCUGCCUCAUCGUCCGCACGCCCUGCCGCUGCCCCGCAGAAAUGCUUCGAUUACCCGCAGUACUUCGCCAAAUUAGGCCAGUGUCCAGGGCACUGGCUCCUCAUCUUACUCGGGCCUAUGCCAAAGAUGUAAAAUUUGGUGCAGAUGCCCGAGCCUUAAUGCUUCAAGGUGUAGACCUUUUAGCUGACGCUGUAGCUGUUACUAUGGGGCCAAAGGGAAGAACAGUGAUUAUUGAACAGAGUUGGGGCAGUCCCAAAGUAACAAAAGAUGGUGUGACUGUUGCAAAGUCAAUUGAUUUAAAAGAUAAAUAUAAAAAUAUUGGCGCUAAACUUGUUCAAGACGUUGCCAAUAACACAAAUGAAGAGGCUGGAGAUGGCACCACUACUGCUACUGUCCUGGCACGCUCUAUUGCCAAGGAAGGCUUCGAGAAGAUUAGCAAAGGUGCUAAUCCAGUGGAAAUCAGGAGAGGUGUGAUGUUAGCUGUUGAUGCUGUAAUUGCUGAACUUAAGAAGCAGUCUAAACCUGUGACAACCCCUGAAGAAAUUGCUCAGGUUGCUACCAUUUCUGCAAAUGGAGAUAAAGAAAUUGGCAACAUCAUUUCUGAUGCAAUGAAAAAGGUUGGAAGGAAAGGUGUCAUCACAGUAAAGGAUGGAAAAACACUAAAUGAUGAAUUAGAAAUUAUUGAAGGCAUGAAAUUUGAUCGAGGUUAUAUUUCUCCAUACUUUAUUAAUACAUCAAAAGGGCAGAAAUGUGAAUUCCAAGAUGCCUAUGUUCUGUUGAGUGAAAAGAAAAUUUCUAGUGUCCAGUCCAUUGUACCUGCUCUUGAAAUUGCCAAUGCUCACCGUAAACCCUUGGUCAUAAUUGCUGAAGAUGUUGAUGGAGAAGCUCUGAGUACACUUGUUCUGAAUAGGCUGAAAGUUGGUCUUCAGGUUGUAGCCGUCAAAGCUCCAGGUUUUGGUGACAAUAGAAAGAACCAGCUUAAAGAUAUGGCUAUUGCUACUGGUGGUGCAGUGUUCGGAGAAGAAGGGUUGACUCUAAAUCUUGAAGAUGUUCAGCCUCAUGACUUAGGAAAAGUUGGAGAAGUCAUUGUGACCAAAGAUGAUGCCAUGCUCUUGAAAGGAAAAGGUGACAAGGCUCAAAUUGAAAAACGUAUCCAAGAAAUCAUUGAACAGUUAGAUAUCACAACUAGUGAAUAUGAAAAGGAAAAACUGAAUGAACGUCUGGCAAAACUCUCAGAUGGAGUAGCUGUGCUGAAGGUUGGUGGCACAAGUGAUGUUGAAGUGAAUGAAAAAAAAGACAGAGUUACAGAUGCCCUCAAUGCUACCCGAGCUGCUGUUGAAGAAGGCAUUGUUCUGGGAGGGGGUUGUGCCCUGCUUCGGUGCAUUCCAGCCUUGGAUUCAAUAACUCCAGCUAAUGAAGAUCAAAAAAUUGGUAUAGAAAUCAUUAAGAGAACACUCAAAAUUCCUGCAAUGACCAUUGCUAAGAAUGCAGGUGUUGAAGGAUCAUUGAUAGUUGAGAAAAUUAUGCAGAGUUCCUCAGAAGUUGGUUAUGAUGCUAUGCUUGGAGAUUUUGUGAAUAUGGUAGAAAAGGGAAUCAUUGAUCCAACUAAGGUUGUAAGAACUGCUUUAUUGGAUGCUGCUGGAGUGGCCUCUCUGUUAACUACAGCAGAAGUUGUAGUCACCGAAAUUCCUAAGGAAGAGAAGGACCCUGGAAUGGGAGGAAUGGGAGGAAUGGGAGGUGGUAUGGGAGGUGGCAUGUUCUAAUUCCUAGAAUAGUGCUUUACCAUUGUUAAUGAACUGUGAGAGGAAGCUCAAGGCAGUGCUCCUCAAGAAUAACUUCAGAGAAGUCAGUUGAAGGAAAUGACUGAAGAAAAGGCUGGCUGAUGUUUAAGAAAAUCACUAUAACCAUCAGUUACUGGUUUCAGUUGACAACAUAUAAUGGUUUACUGCUGUCAUUGUCCAUGCCUACAGAUAAUUUAUUUUGUAUUUUUGAAUAAAAAGACAUUUGUACAUUCCUGAUAACUGAAUGCAAGAGCCAUGUACCAAUGUACUGCUUUCAACUUAAAUCACUGAGGCAUUUUUACUAUUAUUCUGUUAAAAUCAGGAUUUUAGUGCUUGCCAUCACCAGAUGAAAAGUUAAGAAGCAGCCUUUCUGUGGAGAGUAAGAAUAAUUGUGUACAAAGUAGAGAAAUAUCCAAUUAUGUGACAACCUUUGUGUAAUAAAAAUUUGUUUAAACUUAA